AUGGCUGCAGCGCUGGUUCACGAUACCCUCGCGGCGCCGUCGUCCGCGGAAGCUCGAUCCCGCGGAGUGGCGGAAAGCGGAGCGGAGGACGACGCUAAAGACCCCCCCUCUGCGGAGCGCGCACAGAAGGUUCGCGCGGAGUGCAGUGAUGGGGAGGAUUCCGCGGCUUGUGAGGAGGUUUCUAGGAGCCUGCGCGUUGGGGAGUUUGCGGAGGCUUGCGACGGCAUUGGGCGGCUGUUCUCGGUUCUCGGGCCCGCGUUUGCGUUCGCAGGAAAAGAAUUUUCUGAGAAGGUGGCGGACUUGCACGUGGCGGGGCGCCAAUUCGACACGCUGGCGGAGAUGAUGGCGGAGGAUCUGCGGAGGGGCGUGGCGCGGGUGAAGGGGAGCCAUACGCGCAACCUGCUGCGCGUGGUACGCGGACUGGACCUCAACAGGCGCAUCUUUGCGCUCCUGCUGCAGGACUGCUCUCAGCCGCUGCGAGUGUACGCGGGGCGAGCUUAUAACGAGGUGUUUGGCGCCGUGCAUCCAUGGCCGGUUCGCAGCCUCGUGGCAGCGGGCCUCUUCACCCUCCCCUCCACGCCCGCCUUCCUGCUUCUCCUGGGGGAAUCCGAAGACGCAUGGCAGCGAAAUGCCAAGCAGUUUGUGGCAGCAUUGUCACCCGUCAUCCAAGCAGUGGACCAUCUGUUCCUCUUGCAAGGGCUAGGCCUCGACUGGUAA